AUGGACGCUCACGCCCCUUCGACGGCGCCGGCCGCGUACCCACCGCACCAACACCAACUCCUCGCACCCGCCGCCUACUUCGCCCACGCGCCCAACCCAUCACGAUGGACCUUCACACAGGGCCUCAUCGUGGGUCAGAUCUCCAUGGUCGUCAUCGCGCUGCUCCUCAUCCGAUACGUCAUCUUUGAGGACUCGGCAACCGCGCUCGAAAAGGAGCGUCUCAUGCGUCUCAAGAUCUCUGAGCGCCGUUCCAAACGUCAUGCAAAGGCUCUCCUCCAAGGCGCGCGCAGGACUGCAGCUGCCCCUGCUUCUUCCGCCACCGACAACCACCGCAAGUCCAGCCGCGUCUCCUCGGAUGCAAGAGCCUCCACCUUUGCCAACAUCCUCGACAAGACCACCUACGACCUCGCAUCCCACCUCCCAGAAUCCACAGACUGGCUCAACGUCGUCUUUGCACAGGCCAUCGCUGGAUACCGCGAAGAUGUCCUCGCAGGUGGCGCAUCGCCUCAUCCGCACAACGGCUCCUCCCAUCCGCCAAAGCAUCACUCCCCCGGCAUCCACUUUGGCGCCGACUCCCACCCUGCAGGCCAACCCCAUCUCGAACCGGAAAAGGAGAGGACCGCGCGCGACCUCAUGGAAGAGAUCCUCAAUCGCGCCACUUCCUCCUUCCUCGACCCCAUCCGCGUCACAGAGGCCGACUUUGGCGACGCCUAUCCCAUCUUCACAAACGCGCGAGUUCGCCCCGCCGACGACACCGGCCGCACACGCAUCGAGAUCGACGUCGACUACUCCGACCAGAUCACCCUCGCCAUCGACACAAAGCUCCUCAUCAACUUCCCCAAACCCAGGUUCGCAGUGCUCCCUGUGUCCCUCAGCCUUACCAUCGUGCGCUUCUCCGGCACCCUCGCCGUCGAACUCUUCUCCUCCGACCCCAACGCAACCAUCCUACCCACCACCCCAGCGCCAACUUCGGCACUGCCCCCACGCUCGCGUCACCAGCUCCAUUUCUCCCUCCACCCCGACUUUGCCCUCGAGGCUUCCGCUACCAGCUUGCUCGGGUCCCGUGCAAAGCUCCAGGACAUCCCAAAGAUCGAGCAGCUCCUAAUCUCGCGCCUCCGCGGUUGGAUCCUUGACCGCUUCGUCUGGCCCAGAUACUGGAGCCUCACUCUCCCCAAUCUCGUGCCCUCUCCAGCAGCAGCAAACGCCGCAGCACACCCAGCCGGCGACGUUGGACUCGAUUCAUCCGCCGCUGCACACACAAACGGCGUCGAUCCAGCCGCACACGCUGCUGGCGUCGACGGUCAGAUGAGCGUUGGGAGAGGCGUCGAACGCACCGACGACUCGAUCGUCGAGCCGGGCCACCUCGAGUCCGCACGCCAAGAGAUGAUGCACGCCGCCUCCGAAUCGCCGUCUUCCUCGCGCCCACCUCACUCGCGAUCCACCUCGGCCGCCCGCGUCUCGGCCCCCGCCAUGCCCAGCGGUUUCGGCAGCGUCGAGGCGUGGAGGGCGCACACCGCAGGUGCAUACGGCCAGCCCGGACAGCAGCAGUCGUCCGGUCUUACCCACGCCGCUCUGCUGCGCGCGAAUAGCGGCCUCGGUGCCAGGUCACGCCACGCUGCCGCCACCGACAGCGCGCCGGGAUCCGAUGGACAUAUCGACGUACCCGGCAGCUUUCGCGGCUCGGUAGCAGGGGCUGGCAUCGGCAUUGCCUCGUCCACAACCUCAUCCUCUUUGCCGAAUCCUGCACAUACCCCGUCGGGCUUACGCAAUAGGCCCGCUUUCGCCCAGUAG